UUGCCAGUUAUACCAUCACUAUUGCUGUCCAAGCCGUUGGUGGGGGUCAGAGGAAGAGUGUGGACGAGUGUGAGGAGGAGGUGGUGGCCGCCGGUGCCGGUGAUCGCGUAGCCAGCGAGAACAUCAUACAAUCCUUGACGACCUCCUACGAUUACCAGAGCCGCAUCUCGACCGACCGACCGAGGCUACGAACGACAAAGCGCACGACUUCUUGACUACGGCUUCCAGGACUCACCCACGCCCGUCCUUCACGCAAUCACAUCUACACACGCGAUACCCUUCAUUAACUCAUUCCCAAGGGCACGAUGCCUCUCCUCCACCGCCGCAAGCGGUCCACCUCCGUCGAGGCCCCAGCGCCCUCGACGUCGACCGCCGGGUUCACGAUAUCACAACCUACCAAGAUGCAGCCCUCGGCUUCCGGCUCGUCCUCACGACAGGCACUGUCGUCAGUCGACCCGCUCCCGCAUCUCACACGCGCAACCCUCAACCACAUGCGUACCGGAUCGAUCCCGGUUAUCGCGAGCAGCGGGCUAGCGGUACCGAGCAACAGCUCGAUGGUGCCGACGCCCGUACCAGGGAGCAGCAAGGGGAAGGAGAGGGAGAGGGAGCGUGGGAGGGAGAGACAUAGAGAGAAGGAACGGCGCGCCGAGAAAGCACACGCGGCGAGCACGCCGGUGUCCGCAAAAGGCAAGGAGCGGGAGCUGGAUCUACCAGCGACGCGCAGUGAAGAGGCGUCGGUCACGCCGCUAUACGCGCGAUUCGCGAAGAGCGCGAGCGCAGAACGGCCGGAGGCGACAGAGGAGAGGCGCCGCGAGCGGACAGAGAGCCAUCGGACAGCGGCGGAGCUGCAGGAGCGGGACCGCAGGCGCGAGGAGCGCAAGCGCAAAGAGGCGAGGGCUAGGGACGCUGCGCGCGUCAUCGAGCUGAAGCCGGAAUCGCCCCUUGCGACGCUGGAGCGGAGAGCACACCGCGAUGCCGAGCGGGAGCGCGAACGCGAGCGCGAUGAGCAGGCACGCGACAAGGAAAAGCGCAGACGGGAAACGGAGAAAGAGGCGAUGGAGGCAGAGGUUGCGCGAGCUAGAGAGCGGGAGGAGAGACGGCGCCGACGGCGGGAAAAGCAGAGAGAGGAGGAGGAGGCGAACCGUGCGAGAGAAGCAGCGUGGGCGAGAGCCAGGGAAGACGAGGCAAGUGCGCAGGCGGAGGCGGAGAGGAGGCAGCGAGAGGAGGCGGAGAGGCAACAAGAGGAGGCACGAAGCCAACAAGAGGACGCUAGGCGACGGCAAGAGGAAUUCCAGAGACAGCAGGAUGAGGCUAGGAUGCGGCAAGAGGAAGUCCAGAGACAGCAAGAGGACGCUAGGAUGCGGCAAGAGGAAGUCCAGAGACAACAAGAGGAGGCCCGAAGACAACAGAUAGAAGCUCAGCGGCAGUACGAGGCGGACAUGCAGAGACAACGGGAACGCACGGCUAGUAUGCAAAGCCAAACGACGUCUACGAAUGGCCAGUACCCAUCUUCCGCAAAAACGGGUAGGCGAACUAGUUCUCGCGCACCUGCACCGUUUCAACCACCGUCAUCAAACCCCUCGUCCGCGUCAGGUCCACCAGCAAGCUACCCGUAUGCAGAGCCGUCGCACCCACCAGAAUACGCACCGCUCGCGGCGCACCAUGCCCAUCACCACUCGUCGUCUACGGGAAGCUCCCAGGCUCCGAUGCAUACGUAUCCGCCCGCACCGGGCGCGCCUCCGGCUCCGUCGUUGCGCUCAUCGCGCUCGUUCGAGAACGCCCGGAACCUCGGGCGGAGGCAGAGCAACGUGGGCCCGCCGCUCUCGCCGUCUGCGCGGCACGGAGGGAGGAUGUACGGCUACGGCCACGGGGGCGGGCACCACAGGAGUCUGUCGAGCGGGACGUCGGUCACAGGCGUGAGCGUGCAGAGUCAUGGGCUCCCGACGCCGCCGAGCAGCGCCAGCAGCGCUAUCGGGCAGGCGAGCAGGCCGGGCAGUGUGCAGGUGCCGCAGCCGCAGCAGGCUCUCCAGGGCGCUGCGCCGUAUCAGGGACAGCAACGACGGGAAACACCAGCACCGGUCUCAGCGGAUCUGUCCAAGUCGUCUUCCAAGGCAUCUGUUGACAAGCCCCUGCCCACGCCGGUCGACCCGGUUGCAUCGCCAACGCGCGCUGCUGGGGCUGCGGCACCCGUUCCUCCGUCGCCUACGACGGAGGCGAGUAAGCCGAGGAGGAAAUACUCUCUACUUGCUGCAUUCGGAUUGAAGAGCAAGGAAAAGGACGAAGCGAAGGUGCGUUAUCCGUUAUUUCCCAUUCUUUUUGCCACCCUUCUCGAUAUGGCUGCCUAUGCGCCGUUGCAUGCACAUGCUGCUCCCGAAGUUGCUUGACGUAUACCCUGCAUUGCAUACCGUGUGGCUGACUGUCGAUGAUGCACGUCGGCGCA